UAUUAAAUGGCAGGUGGAUUAGAGAGAGUAUAUGGAACAGAAGAAGAUAAAGUAAAUUAGAAGUUAAAUUUAAUUAGGUGAACUGUUCAUUUUAUAUAAAAAUUGGAGCUUGUCGAUAUGAAAACAAAUGUUAAAGAAUUCAUAGUAUCCCUCCAAUCUCUUAGACGAUUUUAUUUAAAGUAAGAAUUAUAAUUUAUAGUACAGCAUAUGUAUUAGAAUUCACCGAUGGAAGUAGCUAUAGCUUCAGGAAAUGCAGUGUCUUAAGCAGGUAUUGAAGAGGCAUUAGAAAAAUUCGAAAAUUUUUAUGAAGAUGUAUUUUUGAAAGUAAAAGUUGAUAUUAUGACAAAGCUGGCAGAGUUUGGAGAAAUUGAAGAUUUAAUUGUAUGCGAAAAUAUUGGAGAUCAUUUAGUAGGAAAUGUAUAUGUGAAAUAUACAUCAGAAUUAUUUGCAGAAUCAUGUUUUAAUGCUUUAUAGAAUUUAUCAUAUGAAAAUAGACCUUUAUAGAUGGAAUAUUCACCAGUGUUAGAUUUUAGUAGUGCUAAAUGUAAACAAUAUAUAGAUGGAACAUGUUAAAGGUAUGAAUUUAGAAAUGAAAGGUAUAAAGAGGUGGAGCAUGUAAUUAUUUGCAUUUAAAGAAAAUUUCUACAAAGUUUAAAAAAAGUUUAUUCAAUUAAAUGUAUGAAGAACAUCCAGAAUAUAGAGAGAAAAAAGAGAAAGAAGUCAUAGAGUAGGAUAUUGAAAAUAAUAAUUUAGAAAGAGUCCUAAGAAGCAAAAAAAGAAGGAAAAGAAAAGUAAAAAGAAGAAGAGUAGUAGUAGUAGAGAAUCUAGUCGAAGAAAUUCUAUUGAAAGAUAAAAAAUGAUUAAUGAUUGGAAUGAAACAGGUAUUCAAAAUGUAAUUAAUUUAAAUUAUAAACAUUUUAAAGGUUUCUUAAGCAUAAAAAAUGAUGUAUGGAAAUAAUAUGCCUGCUCCAGUUUAUACUCCAAAAGUAUCAAUGAGAACAAGUCCAGAAUUAUUAUAAUUAUAAUUAUAAUUGGCUGCUUUAAAAGAGUAAUUAGCUGCAAUCAAGAUGAGUUGA